GUCGAGCUUCUAGCCAUUGACUAGCCAUUGACUAGCUUGCUACCUGGUCUAUAUCGGUAGUAAUCUAGGACUGGGACUCAAACCCGCAUUACAGGAGGUUUGGGCAGAAUAUCAACCCCUUCGAUCGCGCCAUUUUACCCCAGAAUCCACGAGCCGCCCGCCUGCCUAGAUAGGUCCUCAAGAGGGCGGUGGACUGUUUCCAGCGAUCGCUAUUCAGAGAAUUGACUGGUAACAAAAGCGGGCUGCUGCAUUGGCCCAGGCAUUUCUACAGUCAUGGCGUCGCUUGAGGAGGAUGAAGAUCGCGACCUGGCAGGCUCCCAGGAUGGCAGCUCCGAUAAUGAGAUAGACGAUGCUAUGCGCGAUAUAGACGAUGGGGAUGGUGACAACGAACCCGAUGGCGAUGCCGACCAGGAUCCGGACCAGGAUCAAGAUCAAGAACCCGACAGCCCUUCAAAUGCGAGCCAGGCGUCAGAUGGAGGGGGCAUGGCGUCUCAGCAGAACCAAGGCACGACCAACAUGACCUCCCCGGAAAUGCAGGAAACUCCACGCUGGAGUCAUUCUCCCGUUCGCCCCGAGUGCCUGACGGCCAAAACCUACGACAUCGUCCCUACCACGGCCGCGCCCCAUAGUACGUCCAUUAACGCCGUCACCGCGACGGCAGAUAUGCGCUGGGUCUUUAGUGGAGGCUCCGAUGGAUAUGUGCGCAAGUUCAAUUGGGCAGACUCAAUCAACAGUAAGCUCAUGUUGACAGUGGCGCAACGCCAUCCCUUCGUGGACAGCGUGGUGAAAGCUGGAGUCUACAUGACAUACUGGGAAAAUAUGGAUGGGAACAAUGUGUCGCCGGUCUACUCGCUAGCGUGUCAAAGCGAAGGCCUAUGGCUCCUUGCAGGCCUGGAGUCAGGAACCAUCCGAUUGCAGACCCUCCGCCACGACGAAGGCAAAGAUAUAGCACUUCUACGACAACAUACAUCGGCCGUCUCAUCAUUGAGUCUGACCUCCGAUGAGCAAUCGCUGUUGUCGGGGAGCUGGGAUAAGCGGGUCUUCGAUUGGGACCUGAAUACCGGGCAGGCUCGACGCGCCUUUGGCGGUAGUGCCGGUCAAAUCUCAACUGUACAAAUUCGGCCAGAAUCCACACUCGCGGUUCCCUCAGAUACGAUUGAUUUCUCGCAACCAAAUGGUACCUACUCGUCGAAUUAUGAAGCGAGUGGUACGGACAACUUCAAUGCAAUGGACACCACUCAAGAUGCUGGGGAUGCAGGCGCCCCUGAGAACCCGCAGGCGGGUUCCCCGACAGAUUCCUUGUUUGGAGGGGCAGAUUCCCUCUUCGGAGAUGCAGACGGAGGGGCAGCGGACGGCAACGAGCCGUCUGGAGGUGUGUUUGGGGUCGACGAAGAUGACGAGUUUGGCCGUGCUGUUGCGAACGGUGUUCUUGCAGAUUCUGGCGCUGGCGACAUGGAUACCAAUAUGCCCGCAGCCGAUUCCACGUCACAACCGCAGGCCGCUCCAACGGAUACAAACGCUAACCCCGAUGCGUCUAUGGUGACCCAAGACGUGGCGAGUGCUGGUGUUCCACCCGCCGCGUCUGAGCCGGCCGUCAACGGUCUGCCAAGGGCCGAAGACGUAGAGACACAUUCAUCUGCCUUUGAGUUCUCGCAGGCUAUGCAGACAGGGCAGACGUCAGGGUCCGAUACCACAUUCUUGGCUGCAUCGAUGGACGGUACAAUUCGAGUGUGGGACCGACGACAACCUGACCCCGUUGCUCGAAUUACCCCUCGCAACGUUCCACCAUGGUGUAUGAAUGCUUGCUGGUCCCCAGAUGGCAACUAUAUAUACGCCGGGCGAAGAAACGGCACGGUGGAGGAAUACAGUCUCCACAAAGGCCUCAGGGAGUCUGAACGCACAUUCAAGUUUCCACAAGGAAGUGGCCCCGUCACAGCCCUCAAGGCGAUGCCUAAUGGGCGCCAUCUCGUCUGUGCAUCCCAUGACAUUCUGCGUCUAUACGACUUGAAGCACGAACAAUCCUCUCGACACUCGACCGUGCCAUUCCUCAUUAUACCGGGCCACCGCACCGGAACCAUCUCCCAGCUUUAUGUGGACAACGCCUGUCGCUACAUGAUAUCCACCAGUGGAAAUCGUGGCUGGGAGGGUAAUAGCACCGAGGUUCUCCUUGGCUAUGAGAUCAGUGUUCCUCAAUGACCUGGGCUAGCUCAACCUUUUGAUGCUACCAAUAUAUAACCUCGGUAUCGUCUACGACUUGUACGAUUUUGGAGAACCUGAAUAAUAAACUACUUCUGUCUUGGGUCGGCUCCACAGCCAACUAUCAAACAAAAAGAUUCAAUUGAAACAA